GACUAACUCUCAGACAGUCAGUUUAUAAUCUGAGAACUACACGAAUACACGAUUUGCUGUUCGCAUCAUUACAGUUCACGCUUUCACACUUUCACAGUUAUUUCAGUUUAUUAUGGGUACUUGUAAUUAGUAAUAAGCCGGUUUUGUUCAGUUGACUUGCCAUGUUCAGUAAAAAUAAUGAAGAAACAGUUGGAUUAUUAAAAGUUUCAGCCAAUAAACUAGAUGGGAAUACAAAAUAUGGAACUGUAGGAAAGCAAUUAAAGAAAAAACCCUCAUUCGGUGGCCUGUUUCGAUAUGCUAGCAAAGGUGAUGUGGUUCUUAUGUCUAUUGGUGUUAUAUGCUCGGCUAUUCAUGGAUCGAGCUUUCCUGUCUUGGCAUUGGUAUUUGGCCAAAUGACCAAUGUAUUUAUCAAGCAAGCAUCAGUUACUUCCACUGAAAAUAACUCACUGGUCAAUAUACCAGUGGUUGGAAAUGCCUUAGAUCUCAUACACGCUAAUCCAUUUAAUUCAACAAAUAAUUAUACAAAUAUUCUUCUCUCAAAUGAUGUAUCAACUAAUUCAUCCUUAAAUGAUGAGAGUUCUACAUUUGGUGCAUUUUUUAUGUCUGAAAUGGAAAGAAUGAGUACUGUUAAAACUAUUACAGAAAUGGAUUUGAGCAAAACAACAGAUAUUCCAAAUCAAUUUAAUGAUGAAGCUUUAAGUCCGGAAGAAUUUUAUAACUAUAUGACUAAGUUUUCAUUGUAUUACUUAUACAUUGGAUGCGCAGUAUUAAUUUCUGCAUUUAUACAAUCUUUCUGUUGGGAGAUUGCUUGUGAAAGACAAAUUCACCGAUUGCGGAAAGUAUUCUAUUGUCAAAUCCUUAGACAAGAAAUGAGUUGGUACGACUUAAGUGAUGGUGAAGACUUGACAACAAAAUUAUCAGAUGAUUUGGAAAGAGUUCGUGAAGGUAUUGGCAGUAAAUUCAGCAUGGUUACUCAGUACAUAAGCACUCUUUUCUCUGGUAUAGUAAUUGGUCUUUGUGUCAAUUGGAGAUUAACAUCGAUCAUACUUUGUGUCACACCAUUUUUAGUUGUAGUUUCUGGAGCUCUAGCUAUAAUUUCAGCAAGUACAGCUGCUAGAGAGCAAAUUAAAUAUGGUUUAGCUGGAAGUAUAGCUAAAGAGGUCUUAUUAAAUAUUAGGACAGUAGCAGCAUUUGGAGGAGAACUUAGAGAAUCUAAAAGAUAUGAGAUGGCUAUAGACAAAGGUCGAAAAUUAGCCAUGAAAAAAUACUAUGUAUUCUCAAUAUUAUUGGGUUCUAUAUUUGUGAUAAUGUAUUCAGCAUAUGGAAUAGCAUUCUGGUAUGGAUCUAAUUUAAUUGUUGAUGGAAUUUCAUCACCUGGUAGCAUUUUCACGGUAUUCUUUAGCGUAAUGGCUGGGGCGUUUUCUGUGGGAAAUGCUUUGCCAUUUAUAAAUUCAGUAAGCAUAGCAAUUGGAGCAGCAUCAAAUGUAUUUGAUAUAAUUGAUAGUAGACCAAAUAUUGAUCCUUAUUCAACUCAAGGAAAGAAAAUAAAUAAAAUUCAAGGAAAAAUUGAAUUCAAAAAUGUUAACUUUGCAUAUCCAACAAGACGUUCUAUACCAGUUUUGAAUAACUUAUCUUUAACAAUCGAACCUGGGCAAACUGUAGCAUUGGUAGGUUCUAGUGGAGGUGGUAAAAGCACAGUUGGAAGUUUGUUACUACGUUUCUAUGAUCCCACAGAAGGCCAAGUAUUGUUAGACAAUUUUGAUUUAAAAUAUUUAAAUGUACAUUGGCUUCGUCAAAACAUUGGAGUUGUAUCGCAAGAACCAGUGUUAUUUGGUGUUUCUAUUGCUGAUAACAUCAGAUACGGUCAAACAGAUUGUACUCGACAAGAUAUUAUAGCUGCUGCAAUGACAGCAAAUGCCCAUAGUUUCAUCAUAAAAUUACCUAAGGGUUAUGAUACAUUAGUUGGAAACAAAGGUUCUCAACUUUCUGGUUGUCAGAAACGGAGAAUUGCCAUCGCAAGAGCUCUGGUCAAAGAUCCAAAAAUAUUAAUAUUGGAUGAAGCUACUUCAGCACUAGAUGCACUAAGUAAAGGCAUUGUACAAGAAACCUUAGAUAAAGCUCAACAGGAUAGAAGCACAAUUAUUAUUGCUCAUAGACUGUCCACAAUAAAAAAUGUUGAUGUUAUUUUUGUUUUACAAAAUGGAAGUAUAGUAGAAUCUGGAACACACAAUUUCUUGAUGUCAAAGAAUGGCCUAUAUUCAAAUUUAUUUAACACAGAAGUGAAACAGAAAAAUAAUGAAAGUAACGGAGAUGAUUCCUUAGAAUCUGAUAAAGAUAUUAUGGAUAUGUCUUUAUUAGAUGAUACAAAUAUUAAUACAGAAUAUGCUACACCAUCAACUAGUCAACCUAAGAAUAAACAAAUUAGUUUAAAAAAUCCAGAACUUGAAUCUUACUGUGAAGUUGACGACGAUGUCAUAGAAAAUGAAAAUUUUGAGAACCAAGUUAUAAUUGAAAGUGAUAAUACUGAAUUAAAAACAACAAAAAACGUAACAGUUAUAGAGAAAUGUAUUGAACCUGAGACUGUAUUUAUGGAUAGUUUUAUCACUGAAGAUAGUGAUGGCCGUAAAAUAAAUGUUACUAAAAAAAUAUCUUCACGCAAAGUAAAACGAAUCAUCUAUUUAGACCAAGGAAGUACAGACAGCGAGUUAGAAUCAAAUGAUUAUCCUCCUAGUAGUUUAAGAGGAAGUACUUCAAUAAGACCAAUGAGUCAAUCUUAUGAUUAUUCUCAAUGGGAAACAUCAGACAUAGAAUUUAAUCAAAAUUCGGAAUUUUCCAUGAUUUCUAAAAAAGGUUAUCAAUGUAUAAACAAACAAAAUAUUAUGCCUGAAAUUGAAAAUGUUUGCAUAAAAGAUAUACUUAAAUUCAACUGUCCAGAAUGGCCAUGGUUGAUGAUGGGUUUCAUAGGUUGUACUUUAACUGGUUGCAUAAUGCCAGUGUUUGCUGUUUUUUAUGGUCAGGUCUUUGCUACAUUUACACUUAAAGGUGAUGAACUAUUACAAGAAGCAGCUUUUUGGUCAAAGAUGUUUAUUUUAUUGGCAUUAUUAUCUGGAUUAGCAUGGUGGAUGCAGACCUUUGGAUUUACCCAUGCUUGUGAAAAGCUCAUUAUGCGCAUGAGAGUAUAUGCAUUUGAAAAUGUGUUACGUCAACCUGUAUUUUGGUUUGAUUUUAAAAGUUCAUCACCCAGCAAUAUCAUCAGUAGUUUAGCUAGAGAAGCUCCACUUGUGAAAUCUGCUGGAAGUUUAAGAGUUGCUCAAGUAAUAUCAGCAUUUGUAACUCUAUCAGCUGCACUAAUAAUCGCUUUUACGUUUGGCUGGAAAUUAGCUGUAGUAUUAGUCAUUGGUGUACCAUUAAUUGCUGGUGCUGCUUAUAAGCAAUUAAUGAUCGUACAAAAAAAUCAAAAACAAGAUUUUGAAUGUAUGGAUGAAGCUGACCGGAUUACAUCUGAAACUAUUUCAAGUAUAAAAACAGUUCAAGGUUUAGCACAGGAACUAAUUUUUGUAUCACAGUAUGCAAAUAGUUUGAAAGAUCCAUUUACAGCUGCUAAAAAACAGGCAUUUUCGUUUGCAAUUAUGUAUGGCAUUUCUCAGGCAGUUAUAUAUGGAAUGUAUUCAGUUUCAUUUAGAUAUGGAGCAUAUCUUGUUGAAAUUGGAGAUAUGUCAGCCACAGAUAUUUAUAGGGUGUUCUUUGCAUUGGCAUUUUGUGCUGCUUCUGUUGGUCAAACAUCAGCUUAUCUACAAGAUUAUUCAAGAGCUAAGAUUGCAGCAUCUCUCAUUUUUCAACUAAUUAGGAGAAAAUCUGAGAUCGACCCUCUAUCAAAUUCAGGAUCUAAACCAACAAUUAAAGGAAAAGUCCACUUCAAAGAUGUCAAAUUCGAGUAUCCUUCUAGACCAAAUGUACGUGUUUUGCAAGGCCUCAACUUGAUAGUUGAACCUGGCAAGACAUUAGCAAUAGUUGGUGAAUCUGGAAGUGGCAAAAGCAGUAUAGUAUCUUUACUUGAAAGGUUCUAUGAUCCAUCAAAAGGAGUGAUUGAAGUCGAUGAUCACGAUAUACGAGCAAUGAAUUUGUGCCAUUUAAGACAAAAUAUUGGAAUUGUUUCUCAAGACUCAAUAUUGUUUAACAGAUCCAUCAAAGAUAACAUAGCAUAUGGUGUAGCCAAUAGAGAGGUCUCCAUGGAUGAAAUAAUUGAAGCAGCUAAAAAAGCAAAUAUUCAUACUUUUAUUACAACUCUAUCUCAAAGGUAUGAUACAUUGGCUGGAGAUCAAGGAAGUCAUCUGUCUGAAGGACAAAAACAACGAGUAGCCAUUGCACGUGCAUUAAUAAGAAAUCCUAAAAUACUUUUGUUAGAUGAGGCUACGACAGCAUUGGAUACCAAAAAUGAUGCAAACGUACAAGGAGCAUUGGAGGCGGCUUGUAAAGGUCGCACUUGCAUUAUUAUUGCUCAUCGUCUUUCUACAAUUCAAUUAGCUGAUUCUAUUGCUGUAGUUCACAAUGGUAAAAUUGUUGAGCAAGGUAAUCAUGAAGAACUGAAAGCUAAAAAGAAGUAUUAUUAUGAGUUAAUUAGACACCAAGAAGAAUCAUCUAAUCUAAUUCAGCUCUAA